GAGGAGACGGGGCUGCCCCCUCCUCUGGCCCGCAGGAGCGAAGACCAGCCGCCUCCGGCGCUCCUGCCUGCCGUGAAAGACGGGCCCCUGAAGGAGGAAGAGGAAGAGGAGGAGGAGGAGGGAGCCGGGCUCCUGAUGGAGGUGGAGGAGGAAGCCUUCCAGCCCCCCGAGGAGGAGGAGCGGCAGGAGGAGGAGGAGGAGGAGGAAGAGCGGACGGCGGGGCCUCUGCUGCUGCUGAAGGCGGAGGAGGAGGACCCGGCCUUGCCUCUGCUCCCCGGGGCCCAGCCUCUCCCCCUGCCGGAGGGGCCCAGCCUGCCGGGGGCCCCCACGGAACAGGAGGGACCCCCAAAGGAGGCGGCCCCUGCGGGCUCUCGGCCGCCGGACCAAGCCGGUUCCAGCGGGGACCUGGCGCAGGGCGGGCCGGACUCUGCCGCCGGGCAGGGGGAGCCGGAGAAAGCGCCACCAACGGAGCCGACGGAGGAAGAGGUGGUGGAAGUGAAGGAGGAAGCGGCCGGACCCCUGGAUGAGACGGAGGCCAUGUUGGCGGACUUCGUGGACUGCCCCCCGGACGAGAAGGAGCCCUCCCAGCCCUGCUCCUGAGAAGAUCGGGGAGGGGGGACGGGGAGGGGGGGGCUGCCCCAAAGAGGUUUUUGGCCUUCGGAUUGGAUGAUUAUGAUUAUUAUUAUUUUUAAAAAAAUUUUCCAAAGUUGAAUAAAAGUUUUUU